AUGCUGCGGGUUGUGGACAACUCUGGCGCCGAGCUUGUCGAGUGCAUUAAGGUUCUGGGCAAGAAGCCAACCAACCACGCCAAUAUCGGCGACAAGGUCGUUGUCGUUGUUCAGAACGCAAAGUCUCUCAACCAGCAUCUCACAGGCGCAAGCGCCAGCAACAGAGUCAAGAGAGGUGACAUCUGUCGUGCAGUGAUUGUGCGCACAAAGUCGCCAACCCUGAGACCUGACGGAAGUGUGAUCAGAUUCGACGACAACGCAUGUGUCCUGAUCAACCAGAAGGACGAGCCAAUUGGAACAAGAGUCAACGGAGUGGUUGCUAGAGAGCUCAGACGGAAGAACUUCAACAAGCUGGAUCUUCCUGCAUCGCGUCUUACGAGACAAAGAGAGAAUUUGAACCUGAUUGCAAACUACAAGGACUCCGCAUACAAGUUUCCCCAGGUGUCAAAACUACAUUUGAUCUUUAAAAGUCACAACGCCUACGGCCACAUGGGGGCGAAGCAGUUCUGGAAGUGGAAUCUUCGGACGAUCUGUUUCCACAACCCGGAUGUCAACAUUGAGGUCACCCGAGUCAACUGUCCGACAAAAGAGGAGCAACUGAAGUGUCCUAGUGUUUUGAAGGUGGUGUACGCGGACGGUCGCGAGAAGAAGAUCGAUUGCAAGCACAAACACUCUGAUGAUAUUAUGAAAGAGCUGGUGGAACUCACGCAGGCUGUGAAGUGCCCAGAAGACGAGAUCCCGGUGCUCAAACAAUAA